GUCAUUAACUCUAAUUCGAGAGAGAAUGUAUGAGGAGCUGAGCAACCUUCUCCAGCCUAGUGAGUUUGCACCCAUUAGACCUCUUAUCUUACUCCUUGGAUGGGGUCAUGUGGAUAGCUGUUCAGCUGCUCGGAAUCUCAUACAGACACUAUGGAAAAAACAACCUAUCAAUGGUGCAGAUGAUGUGUUGCAGCAGGCCUGCCAGAGACUUCAUCAAGAUGUACAACUCAUCCAAUGGUGCUUGGAGCAAGUCAAACCUUUGAUAGCCAAGUAUGAUGGUGACCUUUCAUUGGAGCAGAAGGCUACAACCAUGUUUCAAGGGGCAGACUCUCAUUCAGUACUGAGAUUACUCUAUCACUUCACAAACCUCUCAAACAUAGAUCCUAUGGAAGGAUUCCGUCUUCUGAACUCUAUACCUCAUCUGGAAUUAACACAGAACAAAGGCCAUGAAGCAAAGACAGUGAGGUUUGCUGACGACAAGGAGUUAGUUGACCAAAAGCGAGAUUGCACAAUCUAUAGGAGUUUCCUGGCCAUAGGGAAUGUCAUGUCUGCACUGAUAUACAGUGCUAAUCCAACUCCUACUGCCCAGGAUGUACAUGGUAGUGGAGCUCCUACUCCACCUACAGUAUCAGUGGUGCCUCCAGAGGGCCAAGGUGAAAUAAGACCCUUAACUCCUGGAACAGUUAGGAAUGAGUCUGAGAAUGUUGAAGAUGAGGAUAAGAGCUGGCAGACGUGUGUUGUGGGUAAGCUGAGAGCAGCUAAGGAGCAUCUUUCAGAGAUUGUUCCUCUCACAUACAGGGUUGAAAUCCUGGAGAAUCUCUUCUCUCUGCUGUUUGCAAGAUAUGAGGACAUCCAAACUCUUGAGAGUGGUGCUGUGAUGUCAGACAGUGGAGGAGAGGAGGGCCAUGUGGAUGAGGAGUGGAACAACAUGAGCUUUAAUACAAGUCUGGAAAGUGUGGAAAGCCCCUUCAAGGAGGGUUCACUUUUGACAGAGUUCACCUUCCCAACAAGUCUUGCGAAGAGUUCGUCUGUCAUUGAGAACCGUUCUGUGAUGAACGGCCAGAUGAAAGGUAGAACCCAAAGCUCCAGUGACGCUACACUCACCUCUUCCCUGCUUGAUAGAACAGAUGUGCUUGAAAGUGGUGAUGUGCAGCGAUUGAAAUAUGGAAAGAGGACCAGUUCUGAGACUACAAACAGUCUGCAAAGUCAUCUGAAUCACUUUGGGUCUUCAGUCAACAGGGUUGGUUUUCUCACCAAUCGAAGGUUCAUGCAGGAGCUGCUAACAAUGCUCAAGGAGUGCAUCGAGGAAGUGAAUACCGCCAAACUUGCCAAUAUGGUAUCCAAGGAACCGUCCCAAGGGUCUUCCGAUGAGGUCCUCCAAUCACAUCUUCUCACAUCUGUACCCCAGACCCAUUUUGCCCAGCAUAUUGCCCAGCUCACUAAGAGAAUCAAUGAAGCUCGUUGGCGCUUUCAACUGGUUUCCAGUCACCAAGCCAAUGUUGAUGAUGAAGACAAGUAUGACGAGGUUGCAGAGGAGGAAGUUGUCAUCAGGAAAUUCUUUGAAGCCUGGAGUGAUGAAAUAGGAGAAGGAAAGAAGAAAAGGAAAAGAACUUCAUCCAAACAAAGUCAAAGUAGAGGCAGAAGUGUAUCAGGCUGGAGUAGUUCUGAUCCGGGAAGCGGUAACCACUCAACGCACUCACAGACACGCCUAAGUGCAGGUCCAAUGUCUACAGGUACCAGCAGUGGCAAUGAAAGAAGAAAGAGAAGAAAGCAUAUGAAGUGUACCUCCCAUCGAGGAUCUAUCAGCCCUAAGCCUCCUCUUCAUCAAGACUCUAGCAUCGUAGCUCAGAUGCUUGCUUCAGAAGAUACUCUGCUCAGGAUGUGUCUCAGGAGGGGAAACUUUGCACAGGCACAGCAGGUCAUCAAGAUCUUUGACAUGAAGGACAAACCAGAGGUAUCUGAAGUCCACUUUGCAUCACACUGGCAGCAGGCAGUUAGUAAGCUCAGAACUCUGGACAAGUCCAAGAAGGGUUCCUCCUCCACCAACACAGUCACUUCUAGCCAGCAGCCUAAGGCUAGAGGAAUACUUGGAAGCAUUGCAUCAAUUGCUGCAGCUGGUAUUUCAUCACUGUCUUUGGCAGGUGUAGUAGACGACCUACUGAACAAUGCUACCUUACCGAUGCUACCUCACCUAGAUGACCUUCAUUGGGGAGUGGUAGCAGAUGCUACUGGUUCAAGAGGUGGUAGCAGCAUGCUGUGUCAGCAACUCAAAGCCAUUAACAUUUCUGCUAUGGUUGUCUUUGAUCUUGCAUGCACUGUCAGUCAUUCUUGGGAAACCUGUGGUGAGCUUUUGGAUGUGGUUAUGAGUCGUCUCAAAGUGGCUUCUGUCUCGGAACAGGGAAGUCCUGGACCUGAAGUGAAACUCACCAGUCCAUCUCGACCAGUGUCAAGUCCCAAAGUAGACCAGUCACAGUCUUUGCUGGGUAUCCCAGCAUUCAUUGAACAACUAUACAACCUGAUAAACCCAAUCUCAUCUAGUUCAACAGCUUUGAUUUGUCCUGAUGCCCUAGAGUACUUUCAGCUUUGUGCCUCUGAAGCUCUCACGACUGUCUCUGCACCCUUGGACCCAUCAACCCUCCGUGCCAAUGUCAAUUUUGUCCUUGAAAUGCGUAGAGGGCUUGAGCUUGUGACUAAGGCCCUUCAAGUAUACCAGGCUGAUGAAGACUGUGGCCUCGCUGAACUCUCUCUGACCUUUGGAGAUAGCCCCAAGCAGAGCAGUAGUCCUAAACGUGGAGCUCCUCACCCUAGCCCGAAGCAGAGUCCUGUCAAGACGAAGCAGACAGUUUCUGAGAUUCAUCGUUCAGUACAGCAGCUACUCAUUGCACUUGAUAAGAAUGUGAUGCCAAGCUUCAUGAUGGCUUUCCCAAAGAACCGAAGCAGUGAUGAGCAGCCUGUCAACCCAGCUAACUAUCUCUUGACUCUGUAUAACCAUCUUGGUGUCCUGGCUUCUCUGGCCCAUGAUGCUCAAGGUUGGCAACCAGGGAGUGAGAGGCAGUUGAAAGUGGAACGAGACCUGUGUCAGAACCCAUUUAGUAUCCUAGCAGAGAGUCCUAGUCUGUUACUCGGUAGACUUAUGUUUGCCAAUCAGAUCCCACCAGUCAGGUUAGAGAGUGUAGCGAGUGAGUUGAAGCUAAACCUGGUACAGAUCAUCAUGCAGAGCUGCUGCCCAGCUAUCCCCAUGCUACCCCACCACUCUACCAUCCAUCAAGCACCUACUACGCCCUGUCCAGGAGACUAUGUGACUGUACUCAAUGAAGGAGGUGUAGCAGGGGAGUGGCCCCAUCCAGUCAGGAGACCAUGUGUGGUUGUUGAAGAGCUUCUCAAGAAGAUUAUCUCUCUCAUGAUGAAGCAUCUAUCUGGUGAUGGAUCAGAUGCUGCCUUUGAGCUGAGUUCUGCUCCUGCUGCCUGUACUACCCCAGAGUACUGGGACAUAGUCAUGUCUACAAGAGAACUCAUGCAUGUAGACAUGGACCUGCUACAGAGUAAUGAAGACAAACUAUGUUUCUUCACCAAUCUCUUCAAUCUAAUGCUUGCUCAUAGGGCUUUGCAUCAUGCUGCUCUACAGACAAACGAGAAGGGCAAUAAUUUCUUAUUGGGCCACACCCGCCACCACUCACUUGGGCGUGGUACUACCAACCCUGCGUCUAUCAUGCUGACACCCCCUGGUAUCAACAGCGGAAUGGUCCUUGACCAGCUGGUUUAUCUGACCAGUAUGGCAUACAGAGUUGGUCAGAUGGGGAUCAUCAGUGCAUUUGAUCUUCAUUAUGUCAUUCUGCGAUCCACUUUGCCUGUGCCUUUAGUCUAUGGAGAUAUCUUACAACAUAGACUCCAUGCCUUAGGAGAGGAUGAUCCAUGGUUGAAAUACAUUCCUUCACCCGAUUCCAGAAUCACUUUUGUGUCUUGUAGCGGAGCCGCUUCCUCGCCUCGUCUCAGAGUUUUGACAGGAGAUGACCUAGAUGAGCAAUUAACUCUGGCAAUGCAGAACCAUCUGGAGGCUGGAGUUAGGGUUGAUGAGAAACUGAACCAGAUCAUGAUACCUCAAUCGCUGGAAUGGUUCCGCAAGGACUUCACCGGUUCCACUCUCCCAGCCAACAUAGAUCAUGGUGAUAUCUACAUGGGUCUACUGAGAGUCAUCGGUCCUCAUGUAUCUCAGUAUCUAGGUGAUAAGCUUGAGACCUACACCAUGAGGUACCUACCGAGGCACAUUGAGCUAGAGAGUAAGGCAGAACUUGCCAAGGGUGGUGAAGAUGGAACAGACAAGAAACCUCCACUGCUGCGGUCCAACUCCAUGAGGUUCAAGGUCAUGGUAACACCUUACGACCAUACCUUCAAAUACAGAUUCCACGGCCCAACAGAUAACACAACACAAUCUCGCUCACAGAAACGCAGACUCUCUGUGCCAGACAACUUUGACUCCAGUGGACUAGGCUGGAGUUUGAAAGACGAGCCUGCUACUGAACCGCCUUUCUCAAUGACGGAGCCAACUUUGAUGUACCUGCACUCCAAGUCCAAACUGGUGGCAUCACUGGCGGGCGUGGUCAGCGCAGGUAUCGGUGAAAACACAGAUGACUUCGCCAGAGAUAAAUCCAUUGAUGAAGAUAUGCUGCCAUCUAGUGUUGGUAGUCCAGGAAGUCUCUGCUUUGAGGAUACCUUUGGGAGUGAGAGAACGUACAAUCCCAAGCUCUCAACCCUGACGAAAGUCUUUCAGCAUCUGGCAGGGUAUCCCAUCAUGCAACAUUACAUCCAGUCAUUCUUCUCAGAAGUGUUGUCCAUAGUUGGUAGCUCUCAAGGAAAUGAGCACCUUAAUGAGAUGGAAGUUAGAGCAAGUCUCCUGGCUGAUAUACGUUGCAAGGAUAUUCAAGACUUACUGAAGGAGGCUGUCGAGAUGCUUGUAUCCAGCUGUCAGUGGGAGGCAGUCUUGAGGCUUGUGGAUACUAUCCGAUGCGUCACUGGUACCGAGAGCUACGAUGCCAUCAGAGAAUUUGCUGCGUACUGUGCUGGUAACCAAGUCAAGGGAGUUCAGAUGACUUCAUCCCCUAAACCAACAUGGCAAUGUCUGCUUUCCAUCAGGAACAAGAUGCUGAGAGGCAGGGCAGUGCUAACCUCCUUGGAUAGUCUUCCGAUUGAAGAUGCCCUGGAGCUGCUAGAAUGUUGUGUCUUGGAGGACAGGAAGGACUCUGCUCUGAACACCAUUUUGCACACCAAGCUUCAACAGCUGAAGAUGUACAGAAAGAUCACAUUCUAUGCUAUGCAAUACACUCCGCCGCGGUCACUUGAGGUGCUUCAGGGAGGAAGUACUCCCUCUGACCCUUCUGAGUUGAUUCAACCUCUGUGUACUUGGCAGGAUGUUCAGGAUGCUUCUAAGACCAACCCUGACAAUGUCCUCAAGCUCUUAAUGUCUGCUUCAGACUUUGAUCUAGCCAAGGACUGGGCAGAGCUCCAUGGAGUUAUUGAUGAUUAUCAACAGACUAUCCAAAUCAACCAGUUGGAGCAUUUAUUAUGCAGCAGUAGUAACAACCUCCAAGUCUACCAGAUACUUGAGGAUGCUUGUAACAAUGAAGAGACAGUCUCUAUGUGUACUCAGUUGCUGGAGUCUCAGAAGAUAGCCCUACCAAGUGUUGUCUUCUUGGUCCAGUACCUCCUUCACAAUUGCUUUGAUGAACUCUCUUUGGAGAGAGCUGGCAAGCUUCAUGACAUUGGUAUAGGAGCCAAGGUGCUGCUGUGUUUACCUGAGAGAGUACGAGCAGAGUAUAAGCAUCUUAUGUCUAGACCAGACCUACUCCUGGAACAACUACUCAUGAAUCUUAAGAUGAACCUUGCGUCAGAUGUGCAGGCAACGCUACAAGAACAGCUCCAGGCUUCUCAGUUCCCUUCUGCAAGUCUCUCAGAGAAAUCCAUCAAUACCCUUAUCUCCAAGUAUGCCCGAGAAGCAAUCACGAUCCCAGUAGCUCUCCUCAAUACAUCUAUGUCUGGCAGUUUCUCAGACUUCGUUAUAGUAAAUGACCCAGGUAGUGAGAUGAGUGAUCUUCCAGAGGUUCAUUCCAAAGGUCCAAGCCCAGGUCUAACAAGUCCUGGCCCAACCAGCCCAUCAUCCCGUCCUGAUCAUUUGGUAUCACCUAGCAGCAGACACCCUACUCCCCUCCCAGAGGUACCAGAGAACCCCCAGGGUGUGCCCCUAGAGGGGGGUGAACUGCCGGCUGUACCCCCUACCAGGGAUCAGUGGGUACCUGAUGAUAAGGUCUCUAACUGCAUGGUGUGUCAGGAUAGGUUUAGUAUGUUUAAUAGAAGACAUCACUGUCGACGCUGUGGACGUGUAGUGUGCUGGAAGUGUUCUCAGCUACGUGCGAUGGUUGAUGGAUACGGAGAUACACCGGUCAGAAUCUGUGAUCAGUGCUACGAACGAUUCAUUGCUCCAAGAUCAUAUGGAACUCCACAGUCACUGGAACAAAGAAUGAAGGGCAAAAUGUCUGGAAGGAGAGGAUCAGGAGGAGGUUCAGGGAGUAUGCCUGCAGCAUCGCGAUCCUUCACUCCAUCCCAGACCCCCGAGCUAGGUAUGGGAGGAGAAGGACUGACUGAGUAUGGCCCGGUCACUGAAUGGAGAUUAUCUCUCGAUGAAGAGUACUGCAGUAUGGUCAGAGAGGAUUUCUACUAUGAGCAGGCUCCAAGUACAUCCCUAUGUCUGUCCAUCCUGGAGCUACACUCUAACCCAGGAGUCUGUGGUCACCUGAUUCUUCAACUAUGUCAAAGGUUAUCCGAGUAUCUCCGACCUAUCAGACCAGGGGAACCCAACACAGAGGUUGACUACAGUCUCAUUCUCAGCAUGAUGCGUACCUUACUGCUGAACAGCAAGCUCAAGUUCUUAGGUUCAGGAGACAGUGCUAGUCUAGAGAUGUGUGAUACAUACCUGGGUCACGUAGAUCUUCUCAAUAUGUUUGUGUCAAGUAACUGCACUGAUAUACCAAGCAUUCAACAACUCACCAAGAUAGACACUGCAAGACGUAUCCGAGACAAGCUUGUCCUGUCAGAGCGAUUGUCUCUAGCCAUGGAGGUCUCCACCAAGUGCGGACUGGAUCCUGGAGCUGUGUGGGCAGCCUGGGGACUCAGCUGCCUCCAGGCUGGAGACUAUGAUGGGGCCAGGGAGAAACUCAGUAAAAUAUUAAAGACCCCAACAGAUAAGAACCAAACCCAGGGCCCUAAUAAACUACUACAGGAAAUCAUCAAGAUAUUGGAGUCCUCAGCUGCUCAAACGAUCAAGGUUCAAGAUAUCCUGACGUUGUCUGCUAGUUCUAUCAAGGACUUCAUUUCACAGCCAUACAAGAGUGUACCUGAGUCAGGGAAAGUGACCGAGAAUCCAGCGCUGAAAGAAUGUGUACUUUACAUUGAGACUUACAGCUCAUAUCUUACGGCUGUUCAGUUCUAUAUGAGACAUGGAAUGUUCCAGAGGGCUGUCACUUAUAUACUCCAACAGCAAUGUUCCAGUGAGGUGUUCUUAGAAGGUCUGUUGGUGCCUUGUAUAAAGGAGGGACAGUUGAGUAAGCUACAGGAACACAUGCUAAGAGUAGACCCAUCAUUGGUUAAAUGGCACCCUUGCCUGACUGCAUCCUGUCGUCAUGUCAAUCGCCUAGGGUGGAGUCACAUCCUCUAUCAGAUGCAGCUCUUCAUGAAGGACUUUGUACGAGCAGCCAUGACGUGUAUCAAGUUCUUCCAGGCCAGUGCUACAUCAUACUCGGACCUCUUUGAGCGUCUGCAUCAUGUGACCAGGGCUAAAGAUCACAUGACUGCUGUGAUGGAUGAUAAACAAUGGGGAAGUGUGCCACGCCCUUCACCUGGUAGCCCCUCCUCAAGAGGGUGGGGUGGAGGCAGUGGAGAGACUAAUAUUAGACUCACCCUCACUCCUUCAGAACUUACCAAGCAUCUAAAUACAAUAUCCCUGCAGAUAGAAGUGACCACAUUCCUUCAUCGUCAUCUUGGCAAGAACAGUCUGGUGCCACCCACGUCCACCACCACCCAGGCCACCUCACCUCAACCAGCAGGGCUGACUAGGAAGCAGUCAGUGGUUGGGGGCGGGGGCGGGGCUCAGCCAGCAGGGCUACCCACCCUCUUUGGCAACAGCAUGGAGAAAGCAGAUGUCGUUCACAAGGUUCUACUAGCUGGAACAACUAUACAAGAAGGGUUUCAACUAGCAUUCAAAAUCAUCCAGGACUUUCGUCUUGCUGAGGCCAAGAUCUACAGCCGAGCAGGACGUCGUCUAUGUCUCCUCAAGAAGUUCAACGAGAUCAAAUUGCUUCUCAAAUGCCACAAGGAUACUGGAUUGGCUAGCAAGGAGUCAUGUGAUGAGAUCCUGGAUGCCUGUGUGAGGGCGCUAGUUGGAGACAAGACGCAGGUCAAAGGUGCAGAGGAGUUGAUUAAGCUAAUGCAAGGUGAUACAAGCAAGAUCAAUGCGUACAUUCUGAUUGGACGGCUGAGACAAGCCUACUUACUAGCAGUGAAGGGAGAGAGGGAGGAUGAUGUGAGACGUAUCGCCAUGGCAGCAGAACAAGCCGAGGCAUCAGGGGUCAAACUGAAAGCUAUCUGUGACCAGUGGCUGAGGGAUUAUGAGGCUAAGAGGAGGAAUGCUGAACAAACCAAAGAGGUGCUAGCUAGGAGUAAGGCUCCCAGGUAUUGAGUUAGAAGGCCAGAACUCUCCCAAACCUUACUUGCUAAAAUGUUUUAAUUGUAAAGCUUUUUUUUCUUUAAUGGGAUCCAUAUUAAAAGGCAAAUAUUAUCUCAGUACUCACCAUGUUGAACAAUUUUGACAGAAGGAUUUUGAAUAUGUAAAUAGGUGAUGCAUUAUCUCUUUUUUUUCUUCAGGAUGUUAAAUAACUCUACCUGUAUACAAAAUUGUCUACAUCCAAAUGGUAACAAGACCAUAUAAACCAUAUAAUCCAAUGGCUGGGGUAAUAGUAUAUUUGUAAAGCGCUUAGAGACAUUGUAUUAAGCGCUGUAUAAAAGCUAAAUACUAUCAUUAUUAUUCAAGUAUUACCUGUGGAUCAUAUUAUAUUACCUUAUUUUUCUCUUUUAUUUAAAGUUGAAGUUAUUUACCGGUAAUGGUUUAUUACUGGUUGUUUUUUAUCUUGGUAUAUCAAUAUACUGGUAUUUCAAUUUUAAUAUGCACAUUGAGUACUUAAUGCAGUGCCAGCCACUUAUGUGCACAUGUAUUCCUGCUUUUCCCUGUUCAUUUUACGUCAGAAUGGAAAGAAAUUCAUUUGUAAAUUUUCUUCAAAACUGCCAACGUAAUAUUGAAACAAACGCCAAAGAAUAAGACAAGUGUGUUGCAUACCAUUCACAAUCAUAUAGUAGAUCAGUUGUGCGUGUGGAAUAGCCUGUAGUAGGGCUGUGCUUUAAGACACAUCUACAUUAUUAUUGCGAACUUUUGUGGUUGCCACAUGUGAGCUAGUGAACCUGAACUUAGCAGUUUAUGUGUUAAAGGGAGUAUUGAUAUCAUUUCUUAUUAUAUAACAUUAUUUGACAUAUUAAACGUAUACAGUAUUUAACAUUUCUUCUACAAAUUCAAGUCAAAUUGUAUACAUUCCAUAAUAUAUGAGACAUUUACAUGUAGGAUCUUGUGCCUUAUUUUUUGAUUUUUCUGAUUUUGAAGUAGUUGUUAUACAUGUACCUAGCCCACAGCAAAUAAAUGCAAGGAUGUAUGCACUGGAUCACUUUUUGUGUCAAUCAAAAUGCAAUAUUUGAAUUAUGCAAUAUUAGGAAAAUUUAGGUCUAGUGUAUACAAACUAAUAUGAUGAAAAUGGCUUUAUAUGAUUGUUGAAUCAGCAGGUGAUAUGAAAUGUACAUUUGAUGUCAAGUUCAUUUCCAAUAACACUUGACAGGAACAAUGACAGUCUUGGACUGUAUAAAACAAGUUUCAUGCAAACUGAUGUGUAUCAUACCAAAGUACACAUACUUUUUGUUUUUGACAAUGCUUUUUCCCUUUUGGGCAUAAGCAUUGUCACUAUGUGCUCUGACUAAACAUUAAGCACUUUCCUGCUCUAAAAUAUUCUCAUUAAAGGAUAUCAUUUUAAUAAUAUUGAUAUUGUAUCACUACUGAAUGUUUGUUUUUGAAUGUGGAAUAACUGUGGCUACCACAUGACUUUCUUUUCUAAAAUUGAAAACAGAUUUCAAUAUUUUGAUUAAUGCAAUGUAAACAGAUAGCAGAUGAGGUUGAUUUGAUUAGAUUUUGCUGUAAAUAAUUGUAAGCAAUGAUUUUGAAGAAGUGGAAAAAUAUUAUUCUUGCCCCUAAAUAGUAUUAUGGACAUUCUUGCUAUUCCCAGAAUUGUUUUAUGUGUGUAUCUUAUUGUAUUUUCAUAAGCAAAUGAGCUCAAAAUAAUCAUGAAAUAUUUCCCCACUUUGUGCAUAUCUAUUUUAGGUCAUGAUGAUAUGAAAAGUGGAUUGAAAAAGAUUGUAUUAUAAUCAUUUUAUUAUAUAUUUACUACUUUGCUGUAGAUGUAUUGAAGAAAUAAGAGCAGUAUAUUUUGUCCCUUUCUAAGUCUGUAUAGAGAUACCACAGUUACUACAGUAAUUCAAUUCCUAUUUAGAUUUGCAAGAAACUAGAAUAUUAUACAGUGCAUAUAAAAAAAAUACCAAAUUUGAUAGCUUGCGAUAAAAAAGUCACAAUCAAUGUGACCUGGAAAUCUAUUUCAUUGUAAAGAGUAACUUGUUUGCUGUCUAAUGAUACCCCAUUCAUAAUAUUGCUGCCUUGGAUGACUGAGCACCAGGGUUUUCAAAAGGUGCCGUCAAAUAUGCUUGUACCAAGUUUCGGCAGAUUCACCAAAUGUUGGAUGGUUUACUUAGGUUUUAAAUAUGCUUCUAAUCAUGCUCCAGUGCUUCAUUGUAUUAAAGUGGUCCAAUAUAUCUAAGCUUCCACAGGUCCUUGUUUCAAUACACAAAUUGAAUUAAAUUGAAUUGAAUUGAAUUGAAUUGAAUUGAAUUGAAUUGAAUGGAAUUGAAUUGAAUUGAAUUCAAGAUCUCUCUGCUCACUUGUCCAUUGCAUAUUUCAUAUGCAAGAUGUGUGUAAGGUACAUAAGGUAAAUCCAUGCAAAAAUUAGUCAGUAAUUUUUUCCAGACUGAAAAUGACGAUGUGUAAGGCUUUUUCCUGAACAUUUGUUGCUCCAGCACCAACCUGGUACGAGAGGAUUUUGACAAUAUUUUUUGAAAAGUGUUGCUCAGUCAUCUGUGGCAGCAGAGUUAUGAGUAGGGUGUCAUUAGAAAAAACAUUAUUUGCUCUUUACAAAUUAAAAAAAAAAAAAAAAUCAAGGUCACACAGGUUAUAACUUGUAAAUGGGAAUCUACCAAUUUUUUGUUAUGCGCAUAAUGCACCCUUUAGUGAAUCUGAAAUCCUAUUAAAGAUAUUAAGCCUUUGCAUUAAUAUAUUAUGUGAAAAUAAAAAUCAAGAUAUACAUGUACCGAUAUCUAACAGGCUCUAUAUAAAACAUUAUAGUGUAGUAUAUUAUAAUAGUAAUAGUCUGGAUGAUUUUACAGUUGAAUACUUGCCUAUCAUAACGAAAAAACUAUCAUUCGUAUAUUGAUUAUUGAAUGCACUAAUCAAAAUGUAUCUAUUGGGAGAAAGGAGAAGAAUAGUAUAUUGAUUUGCACAUGAACUAUGCAUGUACCUAAAGUUAAAGGACAAGUCCAACCCGCUUACAUGUUGAAUUGAAUGGAGAAAAAUUAAAUGAACAAAAUGCUGAAAAAUUUCAUCGAAAAUCCAAGUUGUGGAAUUGUUCAGUUUCGCAUAAUUUCAUAAAACAGUGAUGUCUCACAUAGGCUGUAUGCAAAUUAGUGACUUGAUGUUAUCUCCUCACUAUACUCCAUAUAUUUGUUUAUACAUUUUCUUUAAUGAGACACCUGUAUAAUUUUGUCUUUAAAUCACAACAAAAUACAGUGAUGGUGAUUUUGCAUAUUUUCCAUUAUCAGAAAGUGAUUUUUAGGGUUAAAUUUGUGUACAAAGUGAAGAGAGCGAGGGCUGACAUCAACUCGAUGAAACUUUCAUCAUUUUGUUUUUUUCUCUUUAUUCAAUUCAACUUGCAAAUGGGCCAGACUUGCCCUUUAAAUGCACUGAACAUUACCAAUUAGUCAUGUAUUGUGACGAGUUAAAGAAUCAUUUAACAACCAUGUAGGAGUGUGAUAGAAGACCCUUUUGUGCAAAUGGGUCCAGUUGGUAAUUAGGAACAAAUACUUAUUUGAAUCAGUAUAUAAAUGUCUCCCUCAGAUAUUAUGUUGAAUGUUUUCAUUCUUACUUUGAUUUCUUUUGAAUGGUGUCUGGAACAUGUCUUUCUUUUUAUUUUCAAAUAUGAUUUGUGCAUACUUUUGAACCAUAUAUUUUUAUAUCAUGACAUUUUAUAUAUGAGAAAAUAAUAGAUAGAUAAAAGUAUUAUACAAUUAAAUGUUAUAUACAUCUCAGAA